UGAAGGACAGAUGUGGGGACAAGAGGGAAGGAGAUGAAGUGCUCCUCCGCAAUCCAGAAGAUCUUUUUAAUGGCCUCCGACUCCAAGCCCCAGCGCCUCCGUCAAUGUCCGCCGCUGCAUCAUCUUCUUCUCCUUCUUCUUCCUGCUUUCUUCUUGGCAAUUCGAUCUCGCUUUCCUGCACAACAACCCUAGGAUUCACCCUCUCUCCGCCGCUUGUGUCGCUCAUACUGGCUGCAUAAUACGGCUUCGCAGGGGCAAGCUUCCAGAGCUCGGCAGCUAAGAAGGCCAGGACGAUGACGACCCAGUCUUCUCUCAAGGACGCCUUCUCCUCCUACGCCGAUGACCUCAACCAUCUCAAUCAGUAAAAGCAACAAAGAGGAAGUCUUGGAGAAGGCACACAAGGAUUUAGCAGCUGUUGUGGAUCAGUACGUAGCCAAAUUGGUAAAAGAGUUGCGGGGCAGUGACUUUUGGAAACUCCGACGGGCAUACUCUCCAGGGAUACAGGAAUAUGUUGAGGCCGCCACUCUCUGUAGAUUUUGUAAAUCUGGGACCCUUUUAAAUCUCGAGGAGAUGAAUGCUUCUUUAUCAUCGCUGAGUGAUCCAUCUCAUAAACCUUUGCAGAUUAAUAUCCUUGACUAUAUUCUUGGGCUUGCAGAUUUGACAGGAGAGCUUAUGAGGUUGGCUAUUGGUCGGAUAUCGGAUGAUGAACUUGAAUAUGCGCAAAAGAUAUGUACAUUUGUGCGCGAAAUACACCGUGAGCUGACCCUUUUAGUGCCACGCAUGGACGAACCUUAUGAUAUGAAGACAAAGAUGGAGACAAUGCUUCAAAGUGUGAUGAAAAUUGAGAAUGCUUGCUUUGGCGUCCACGUGAGAAAAUCAGAAUAUAACCCGUUGCUCGGAUCUGGUGACCCAAGCUACCCUCUGAUGGGGGUUGCUGGGGGAAUUGAUCUAUGAAGCGGUACCAACGCCGAGAUGUUUGGAGUUGCUCCCAAUGAAGGUCUCGGGGCCCCAAAAACAAGAAGCUUCUGCAACAACUUUAAGUGAAUGUAGUGCUGCCACUGCCAUGAAUCCCAUUGAAAGCAUCCUGGCUGGAUAUUUACUUGUGACAGAUGGUAAAGGGUAGAUUGUAAUUGAGCUUAUGGGGGAGCUUUAAAGGAGAUUUUGACAUGGGAUGCUUGAUUCUGAAGUUGGACGAGCUUUCUUGACGACUUAAAAGGACUAUUGCCCCACUUUUCUGGAAA